UUCCAUAUCGCUACCUGGCAGAGCGCGCAAACUACCCCGCGUGGCAUCCGUGCAGCAGCACCUCUGUCACGUUCCACUCGUCAAGCAACGCCCCAUUCUAGCACCUGUUCAACAUGGCUAGCUGGAGGUUUACAGCGCUCGCAGUACUGCUCGCUGGAGUUCAGUCAGUGCUGUGCAUCGACGACCAGGAUUACAAGUGCGACGUGACCAAGGCCACCACCUGCUACUGGGCUGAGGCGCAGGUUCAUGGCGUCAACGUAUUGGUUCCGCAAGACUUGAAGCCUUACCCAGGCGAUGUUUGCCGCACGCAGACAGAAUUUCCUGAGGAGUCCGUAUGCGUGCAUUACUACGGUGCUUGUACCGAGCAUGACAAAGAACUUUUCCAUGAAAAGGAGACGGGCUACGCCCAACUUCGGUCCCUGCUCCUUAAUAAGACAAUGUGUGAAGGUGUGAAGAAGCUGAGCACGUGCAUUCACAAUGAGACCAUGAAGAAUUGCGCCGCUAAAUUUGUCAACACGUUCACUGUGCAGAAUGCCAAGCAAAACGAGGUGGCCGCCAAGAACCUCAGCCAUUGCCUCGAAGUAGCCCUGAGGCCCUGCUCUAUUGUCCGUGAGGGAGACUUCACCGAAUACCUACAAAACGUGGCCAGUGCCGUCGAACACCUGUACAAGCACAAGGAGCAGCCGGUGCCCCCAACAGAGCCGGCAACCACGCCGUCCUCGACCACCGUGAAGCCCUCGACGUCCACCGUGCUGCCCACCACUACUACUCAGGAGCCUGUCACAACUCACGAGCCUGUGCCUACAACCCCCGAGCCUGUACCAACCACAACCCACGAACCUGUCACGGCUACCACCGGAGUGCCUCCGACGACGCAAGGUCCCCCUGGUGCCGCUUCGACUGCGCAAACGGUCGGUGCCUUUGGCGUGGUGGCGCUCGCAUGGCUUGUGCGGGCUGCGUGAUCGCCGAAAAACGUUCAUAGCUUCAAACUAGUGGUGCCGCCGGCAGCCACCGUCAACUUGUCAUCUCGCCAUUGGGCACUCUGCUUUGUUCGAGACUAUUUACCCAAUAAACAUCCAAGACAUUUGAUAA